CACACCAUGCCACACACCGGAAUGCAAUCGAUGAAACAAUACAGCGGACAGCUUGYUUUUCCCCGCCAUCGAUCAAGAGAACCAAUGGCCGAAAGAGCAACCCCUGCGGAAGGAUCGCCGCCUCCACGUCGUUCCCGUGGACGGAGCUCCUUUGUCGGUGGGGCCGGGCCGGGGAGGCGAGCAGGCCUCCUCGUUCUCUUCGUGGCGAUCGGGCUCUGUGCCGUUGCCGCUGCGGGGGAUCCUUCCUCCCUUUCGGCGGCCGGAAACCCGGAGCCGCUCCCAACGCAUGCGGCAGCAGCAGCGGGAGGCGGCAACACAGGCGGCAACACAGGCGGCAACACAGGCGGCAACACAGGCGGCAACACAGGCGGCAACACAGGCGGCAACGCAGACGCAGAAAACCCCGGCGAAGGCCUCGACGAGGACCUCCUGGUCCGGGAGACCAUCGCCGCCGGCCGUGGGGACCGCGAAAAGUGGGGGAUCCGGGACCAGUGGGCCUCCGACGAGCACCUCGGGAGCUCCUUCGACGCCCGCAGGCCCGUCUCCCCGUCGGUCCGCCGCCUCCUGGACGCCUACGGGCUGGACUGCACCGGCUGCGACCAUUCCGAAGCCGUAAAGGCCAUCAACGCGCACGCCAGGGAGGACCGGGAGCGGCGGAGGGCCCGGGAGAAGAGGGACGCCCUGGCCCGGAAGGUCUUUGGGACGCUGGCGGCGGUCCUGGUUGUGCUGGCGGUCUGGCACAGGGAACCGCUGGCGGAGGCCCUGGGGGUUUCGGGCGGAAGCCCGAGCGGCGGCCGGAAGGACGCCGCUUCCRCGGCCCUGCGGCGGAGGAGGGCCGCGGACGCCGCCUCGAAGCGGGCAGGGGCGCCGAAGGAGACCCAUGGGGCCGCCCACCGGCCGCUGUGGCUCGAUCACGAGCGCAGGGAGGUGUGGACGGCCAAGCAGGAGAAGCAGUUCUCGGCCGCCCUCCGGGAGUUCUCCGGCGUCCCCAAGAAGGAGCGGUACCGGCUCGUCGCCGAGCGGGUCRCCGGCAAGUCCCGCAUCGAGUGCCUGACCCACCACCGGAUGCAGGAAUACCUCGAGCGAAUGGCGCAGCAGCAGCAGGAAUAGCAGCAGCGAUUGCAACAUCGCGCAGAACCACGACGACGACGACGACGAAUGAAAGCACUACAACGCAACGCAACAGAACACAACACAACACAACCACCACGUGCACUCCCCCACCGGGAACCGCUCGGAAACGAGAAUCCGGCAGUGUGCGAAAGGGCGGGGACCGGGCAUACCACGCAGAAGGCGUGCGAAAGGAGAGGUUGUUUGUUCUUCUGGAAUUCCGCCGCCUUUCCCCGCUCGUGGGGCUUGCACGUUCCGCCGGACGGUGUGCUGCGCAGUCUUCGUUCGGCCUCGUUGCGGAUCGAUCGAGCACGGUGUGGGCGACGCAUCGAACGGCAGGAAGAUCCGGGCUAGAGACCGUGGGGAUUCCAGCCUUUCGAUCCGUCCCACCACCUCGCUACAGCAACAACGAUAGUCCCUAGUACGAGGUMUGUUAAACGCGUUU